UUAGUUCUGUCCGCGCACGAGUCGAGAUAACCGGAGAAUUCGUCCUGAUAUCGUCACGGGACAAGUCGCGACACGAACGAGUAACGAUGACCUUUCGCUCGUGUCGGGUGGUGGCACGGUGAGAAUCAACCGGUAACCGAGUUUCCACUGGAAAGUCCAGAUAAAAGGAACGACGACUCGGUGGUGAAGAAGCGUAUGCCGUAUCUGUGAGUAGAGGAGUUAGACGAAGGAAGAGAGAGAGAAAGAGAGAGAGAUAGAGAGAGAAAGAGAGCAAGAAAGAAAGCGACGGUGGACCCGGCUUCGUCGAGUGGUAGGUCGAAGCGAAAGAGCUAGUGUCCAUUGUGCGAGUCAACGGUGUACUUCGACCAGCGCCAUCGUCACUCGCUACCAUCGACAUGGAAGAUACAGAAGCGGAAUAGUGUCGUUGAGAUGCUGUGAAGUAGUCCCGAGACAUGAAGAGAGCGCGACCGUGGGCCGUGUGGGUUUCUCUGAGUCGGAACCGGCGAUAGCAGAGCCGCGAUCAAAAUGAGUAUCCUGAACACGGAUUCGGAAAACCGCGUGAUCCUGAACGUGGGCGGUAUCCGGCACGAGACGUACAAGGCGACCCUGAAGAAGAUCCCCGCGACCAGGCUGUCAAAGUUGACCGAGGCUCUCGGUAACUACGACCCGAUCCUCAACGAAUACUUCUUCGACAGGCAUCCGGGGGUCUUCGCCCAAGUGCUCAAUUACUAUCGCACAGGGAAGCUCCACUAUCCGACCGAUGUGUGCGGACCGUUGUUCGAGGAGGAACUCGACUUCUGGGGACUCGACUCCAAUCAGGUGGAACCAUGUUGUUGGAUGACAUAUACCCAGCAUCGGGACACGCAGGAAACGCUGACAGUCCUCGACAGGUUGGACCUCGAUACCGAGAAGCCGACCGACGAGGAACUGGCAAGGAAGUUCGGUUUCGAGGAGGCAUAUUACGAGGGCACUCUCACGUGGUGGCAAAAGCUCAAGCCCCAGAUGUGGUCGCUGUUCGACGAACCCUACUCCUCGCUGGCAGCCAAGGUGAUCAGCAUAGUCUCGGUCCUGUUCAUCUGCAUCUCGAUCUUGUCGUUCUGCCUGAAGACGCAUCCGGACAUGCGCGUGCCGGUGAUCGUGAACCGAUCGGUGAACACGGGGAACGGCAGCUCCUGGGCGGUGGAUAAAACGCAUACGAACGCUCACGACUUCUUUUUCUACAUCGAGUGCGUGUGCAACGCCUGGUUUACUCUCGAGUUUCUAAUACGGAUUACCGCGAGCCCGAACCGGUGCGUGUUCAUCAAGAGCUCGGUCAACGUGAUCGACAUGGUAGCUACCGUCAGUUUCUACAUCGACCUGGGGCUACAGCGUUUCGCCUCGCAUCUGGAGAACGCCGAUAUACUCGAGUUCUUGAGCAUCAUACGUAUCAUGAGACUGUUCAAGCUAACCCGUCAUUCGUCCGGCCUGAAGAUUCUCAUCCAGACGUUCCGCGCAUCCGCCAAAGAAUUGACCUUGUUGGUCUUCUUCUUGGUCCUUGGCAUCGUGAUCUUCGCCAGUUUGGUCUAUUACGCGGAACGUACCCAGUACAAUCCGAAGAAUGAUUUCAAGAGCAUACCAUUGGGAUUGUGGUGGGCUCUGGUCACGAUGACCACCGUCGGUUACGGGGACAUGGUGCCGAAAACCUACAUAGGGAUGUUCGUCGGCGCGCUGUGCGCCCUUGCCGGUGUCCUCACGAUCGCCCUGCCGGUGCCCGUGAUCGUCAGCAACUUUGCGAUGUAUUACAGUCACACGCAGGCGCGAGCCAAGCUACCGAAGAAGAGACGCCGUGUAAUUCCGGUCGAACAGCCGAGAGUACGGACUCUGGGUGCGCCGUUGGGAGCGGCCGGGGUUGCAGGCACUAUGGGGCCACCGGGAUGCACCCAACAGCACAUGCAGUCGGGUGGACCUACAUCGGGAUCCGGUGCUCUAGCCCCUGGCCUUGGACAGACGCCCGGGGUCGGCUGCACUGGCGGCAUGGGACCUCAGAACAGACGGAUGAACGCUAUCAAGACCAAUCAUCCAAAGGAUGUUUCGUUCGCCACGAAAACAGUGGGUUCCAGAGGAGGACCGGAGGAACUCUAACCUGCGGACCAACGGGACCAAGACAGCCGGAGGUUUGGGUUAAAGCUGAAACCAACGCCACUCUCCACCACUGCCGAGGCGCACUCAACCGGGGCGUCGGGACGACCUACCGAGCCGAACGGGAAAAACG